UCAGGACGUUAAACCUUCAGGAACCAUGCUUCUCCUGAGCGUGAUGUUUGUGCUGCUCGCCGCGGCUGUGAUGAAUCCAGCUCAGGGUCAAGCCAUAAGAGAGAUCAAAGAAGACCGUGUCAUUUUGGACUGCGAUGAAGGUGAAGAUGGUAAAGUGAAGUGGUGGAAGGAGAGCAACGAAGAUAAAACCCAAAAUAAUUCGACCUUUGAAGCUAAAGCUGAUCAGGGAACAGUUGAAGGAUUCUUCACCUGUGAAUAUUCAAAGACAGAUCCAGAUACAAAUACAAAGGAAGUCAUAAAGCACAAGUUCUACCUCAAAAUAAAAGUGUGUGAGAACUGCUAUGAGUUGAGCGGUUUGGCUGCGUGGGGCAUCAUGCUCGGAGAUGUGCUGAUCACAGGAGGACUUAUGCUCAUCAUCUACAUCUGUGCUGCCAGAAAGAGCAACGGCACACAGAAGAAAGCGUCAAAUCCCCGACCAAUAAACCCUCCUCGACCUCCAAACCCUGACUACGCGGCUCUGGAUCCAAAGAUGCGCAACAGCAAUGCUUUGUACGCAGGCCUCAAUAAAUAGAUGCUGUUCAGACGUCCGGAUUACUGUAAAUCAGACUCUGGUGAUUCAUAGUGUUUCUUAAACGUUUGUUCCACUGUACAGGUUCAUAUACUAGUGAUGCUGAUGUGAGUUUUGUGAGACUGACUCACGGAUCAGUGUUUUGUUUUAUACGGUAACUCUGUGUGUGUGUGUGUGUGUGUGUGUGUGUGA